AUGGCCGGGAAUAUCAUACCAGCAAUAGCAACAACGAAUGCAACUGUGGCAGGAUUAUUGGUGGGUGAGGCGAUUAAAGUUAUUUUCGACGAACGGGACAAGUUACGAAAUAUUUUCAUCAGACCAAAACCAAAUCCACGAGGCCAAAUUUUUGCGAUCGAAAUACCCAGCAAACCAAAUCCAAAUUGUUAUGUUUGUUCGGAGAAAAGAGAAAUUCGAUUGAAAACGAACGUAAAACUCACUACCGUGCAUUCGUUGGAAAAUAAAUUCCUGAAGGGAACGUUACAUGUGAUAGCACCGGAUGUUAUGAUCGAAAGCAGUGGAAGUUUGAUCAUUUCAAGCGAGGAAGGUGAAACAGCAGUUCAAUAUGUAAAAAUUACGUUCGACAGUCACGAACAAUCUUGA